UCUACCCCUCCCUGAGUCCCCUCUCUCUGUCCUUUCAUCCCCAUCCCCAAAUUUCAUUCAUAGUAAAUGUCUUUGGCUAAGGCUCACCCACGCGUCAUCCCUCAAUUAGCCAUUCUGUAGAUCACCCCUACCCCACCAGAUAGUGAUGCCUUACCCCCAUAACCACAACCACACAUCUAUAGUUACCCUCCCAAUCCAAUUCAACACACUCACAACACUCUCAACCUUCAAAGCAACUCUCAACUCAAUAAACAAACAAAUGGCUACCAAGCUAUGCGAUUCCUGCAAGUCAGCAACGGCAACACUCUUCUGCCGUUCCGACUCUGCUUUCCUCUGUAUCGUUUGUGACUCCAACAUUCACGCUGCUAACAAACUCGCCUCCCGCCACCACCGCGUCUCGCUUUGCGAAGUCUGCGAGCAAGCUCCUGCUCACGUCACUUGUAAAGCGGACGCCGCCUCACUCUGUAUCUCCUGCGACCACGACAUCCACUCCGCUAAUCCCCUCGCACGCCGCCACGAACGCGUCCCUCUCACAACCUUCAAUCACAACAGCAACCAACCGUUCUUUUCCGACGCCGAACACGAUGCUGACGUCACCAACGAAGAAGCUGAAGCAGCUUCCUGGCUGCUCCAAACUCCUUCUCACCCUAAAGGCCCCGAUCUCAACUCCUCUCACUAUUCCUUCCAUGAAAUCGACAACGCAGGCAUCGAUUUCGUCUCCGUAGACGCUAAAACAGACUCGCCAGAGCAACACAGUCCCGGUGGCACAGCAGACGGAGUCGUGCCGGUGCAGUCUCAUAGCAAAACCGCCGCAGAACACUACUCCGAUAUCAACAUCGAUUUCUCUAACUCCAAACCUUUUACUUACAGUUACAAUCACAACGCAUCAUCGCCGUCGAUGGAGGUUGGAGUUGUACCGGACGGCAACGCGAUGUCGGAGAUAUCGUACUGCUGUUACGGCAGGGCGGCGACGGAGGCGGUGCAGAUCACGGCGGCGGAUAGGGAAGCUAGGGUUUUGAGGUACAGAGAGAAGAGAAAGAAUCGAAAGUUCGAGAAGACUAUUCGUUAUGCUUCAAGGAAAGCGUAUGCAGAAACGAGGCCUAGAAUUAAAGGAAGGUUCGCAAAACGCACUGAUAUGAAUGUGAAUGUGAAUCUGAUCGCUGAGGAUGAGUCUUAUACUGGAUACGGCGUCGUUCCUUCCUGUUGAAUGAUUUCAACUGUUUCAAUAUUAUAUAUAUCUAUCGAGUAUAGUUUAUAGUAUAGGGCUACUCAAUAUCAUUAAGCCAUGAAUUAAUUAAUAAUAUUAUGUUUAUGUAUAUGUUUCUAGGCUUUGUUUUUUCUGUAUAUAUUUUUUGUUUGAAUGAAUGAGAAAAGUAUGUUAUGUUUCUUGAA